CUCAUUGGAUUGCCAAGGAAUAUACUCGUGGAGAACGUUCUUGAAAAAUUUAAGUAUGAGCUUGAAAAUCUUCAUGCCAGAGAACAAGACCGUUUGUCUCAAAUAUGUGAAGAGCAUGGAGAAAGUAUGUCUCACUGAUGAUAAACCAAUAUGUGCCAUAUGCAAGCUCUUUGGAGACCAUGAAUCCCAUACUGUAGCAAAAAUUGCUGAAGUGUACGCAGAGAGGAAGAAGAGUUUCAUCAAAGGUUUAGAUUGGGUAUUCCAACAGUCUGAAUAUGCUGAACAGGCAAGGAAGGAAAUUGAAAUAAAGAUCAACGAACUUGCGUAUACCAAUACUGGUGUCAAGGUUAUGAUUGAAGCUGUAGGGAAUAGCCUAAUCAAAGGUAUCAGAUGCAGAAUGGCUGAGCUGAAAGGGGAGUUAUGCAAGGAUUAUUCUACAAAACUAGAAAAGCUGCAGCUCUUAGCAAAUGACCUUCAAGUCCCCACACAUCUUUAUCAUCAAAUGAAAGCCUUUUUGGAACAGCAUACCACUUCAGUGCGUUUUCUUCAAGAAGAUAAAAUAUUUAGAAGCAAGUUAGAGAAACUUACAGAAGGAAAGCACAUACAACAAGAUACAAAUGGCUGCCAUAUUUCUAUUGGGCAAUAUUUCAAAGAUUUGAUCAAAGGCAUCAGCAUUAAUAAUUAUAUCUCCUCUAAUUCCGAUGAAACUCUUGCAAGUUCCAGUGAGCUCCCUGAAGCAUUCAAGCUGGAAUGUCCUGCAUUUUCUUUCUCUGGUGGAUUUCCUGAUGAAUAUUUCUGCCAAGAGGUACUCGAUUUUUUCCAGAAAUCAAGUGAAAUGAAGCAAGAGUCUAAUCAACACAUCUUCCACAGUGAAGGUAAUAAUACACCACGUAAAAUCGACCUCUCACUAGAAGCAGAAUGA